AUGGCAGAAGAGUCUACGAAUGAUCAAACAAGUAUUAUUACUACCGACGAAUCUCCAGGUAUAGUACCGAGCAACAAUUUUCUCGGUCUCCUCCCACCACCCUAUUCAAUGUCAAGUCUUAAAAAUACUUUACCUUUGUUUCAAACUUCGUCAUUAUCCUCUUCAUCGUCUUCUUCAUAUACAAACACUAACUUUCCACAAACAUCAACAAAAAUUAAUAACAAUCAAACACCAUAUUCUUAUCGUCUUAAUUCAACAAUAUAUACAGAUUCAAAUAAUAUUGGAAAUUCUUCAUAUCCAAUGUCAUCAUCAACAUAUCGUUCAUCAUCAUUUUCAAUUCCAAAAGCACCUAUAUUUCAACAAACACGUGAAAAAGAAAAAUUAGAAUUAUCAACAUUAAAUGAUAAAUUUGCUGAUUAUGUUGAAAAAGUUCGAUAUUUAGAAGCACAAAAUAAAAAAAUUCAAAUGGAAACAACUCUUCUUGGUGAAAAACAACAAACCAAUUGUCAACAAAUAAAAUCAAUGUUUGAAACAGAAAUUGCACAGUUAAAAGAAACAAUUGAAACACUUUUUAAAGAUAAAAAUACAAUUGUUUAUGCUGCUAAAGAUGCUCAGAACGGUAUUCAUCCGUUACGACAACGUCUCAAUCAAACAUUUAAAGAAAGUGAUUCAUCAAAAUAUGAAACAGAAAAAGUUGAACGACAAUUAUCGUCUAUUGAAGGUGAUAUACUUAUGUAUAAACGUCGUCUUGCACAUCAAGACGAUGAACAUACACAAUGGAAACAGUUAAUAACUCAUAUUCAACGUCUUUUGUUACAAGCUAAAAAUGAAACUCAUAAUGAAACAAUAACUCGUACAUCAACUGAGCAAGCAAUAAAACAAUUACGUCUUGAUUUAAAUGAAUUACGUGAACAACAACAACAAAAAUUAAAAGAUCUUAAACAAACAACAUUAUUAGCACCGGCAUUAACAAAUGAUCGUGCACAUAUGUUUAAAUCUGAAUUAUCAAGUGCGAUAAAACAAAUUCGUCAAGAUUAUGAAAGACAAAAUGAUUUACAACGUAAUAAUUUAUAUGAACAAUUUACUCAAGCAUAUGAAGAUAUAGCACGACAAUAUCCUGAUCUUGCACAUUUAUUUUUAAAUGAACGUGAACAAGAACGUGUAAAACAAGAAGAAGAUCGUGUACGUACAGAUAUUCAACGUAUAAAAUCAGAUAGUAAUUUAUUAAAACAAAAAAAUGCUGAAUUAAAAUUACAUACACGUGAAUUACAAAUAAAUCUUGAAAUGAGUUUAGAAGAAAAUGCACGUUUUGAAAAAGCACAACUAAAUGAAAUUGAACAAUUAAAAAUAAAACAAGAAAAAGUUUCAAAAGAUUACGACGAUGUUAUUUCAAAACAAUCAUCAUUAGAAAAAGAAAUUGAAACAUAUAGAAAUUUAUUAGAAGGUACUAUGAAAACUGUUGUCGAUACAAUUACGGAUGAGUAUAAUUCUACAACAACUAAUCAAACAAAUUUAAAUCAACAACAAAAUUCUUUAUCAAAUCGUACACCACGUUCAGCAAGUGUUGAUCGAAGUCCAUCAUCACCUUAUCUUGCUACAUCAAAACAUAAUAAUUCAACAAAUGCCUAUUCACGUUUUAUGACUUCUAAAUAUAAUGGUAAUGAUUCAAUAAAUUCUUCACCAAUUAUUGACAUACCAACAAAAAUUGAAAAUGGCUUAGCAACAAGUAAAAGUGUUGGUGAUUUAAGUGUAAAAAAUGAUAUACAUCCUAUCGAAGUCAAUGGAAUAACCAAUGAUUCAUCUUCAUCGAACAGUCGACCUCCAACUGUUCUCCAAACACGACGAAGUUAA